UUUUUUCGUAGUGGUCCACUUGGUUUAACAAUCUCAGGAAGUGAAGAUGUAUUUGAACCAAUUAUUGUUUCAGAUUUAUGUGAAGGUGGUUUAGCAGAUAAAACAAAUGCAAUUCAUAUUGGUGAUCGUAUAUUAGCGAUUAAUGAUGUUAGUUUACGUGGUAAAGGACUUAAUGAAGCAAUUAAAUUACUACAAGCAAGUAGUGAUGAAAUAACACUAAAAAUCUCUCGAAUAAUUAAUCCACAACAAAAAUUAUCUCGUUCAUAUCAUCAUCCAGAAGAUUAUACACCAUCAGUUGAUUCAGCGAUGGAAUCAUGGGAUAGUUCAAAUACAGAUCAUCGUUUUAGUGAUAAUAGUGAAACAACAAAAGAAAUUAUUGUUAAUGAUCAUCAACAAUAUUCAAAUUAUCAAGAUACAUCAAUGCUUCAUACAUCCCGAAGUGAUUUUGUACUUAAACCACAACAAACACAUUCAGUACCAAUAGCAAUAAGUUCUACACGUCCGAUAGGUGUUAUAGCACCAGCAUCAGAAUAUCGAACACCACCAACAAAUGGUCGCCCACUUGAAGCUAUACGUCAUUCAGAUAGUGGAGAUAGUAUACAUGGAAAUGAACGUCAAUUUUCAACGAUAUUAAAUGAGAAAUCAUUAAGAAAUAAUACAAAUUUUUAUGAUACAAAAUAUGAUAAUUGUUCAUCAUCAUCAUCAAACAAUCGACCAAAAUAUGAUACAAUUACUUUAGUACUUAAUCGUGAUAAACGUAUACUUGAUUUUGGUUUUUCAAUAUCAGAUCGACUCUAUGGUACAGGAGUUUAUGUUAAUAAAAUAAGGCCGCAUGGACCAGCUGAAUUGGAAGGAACAUUAAUACCAUGUAUGAGAAUAUAUAAAGUAAAUAAUAUAGAUGUAACACGUAUGGAAUGUAAUCAAGUAGUACCUUUAUUAUCUACGUCACCCGAUCAAUUAAUACUUGCUGUCGGAAGACGACCAGCACCUAUGUUUGAUGAAACAGAUGAAUUAUUUGAUAUUGAUGAAGACGAAGAUGAAGAUGAACACCAAUCACCUAUUAUUAAUGAAAGUUCAAUAUGGAAUAUAUCAAUGAAUACAACAAUACAUGAUAAUAAUAAUAAUACAACAACAAGUUCGAGUACGACUACAAAUAAUACAUAUUCACUUCUUCCUUCAUCAAAAAAAAGUACGGUAUGA